AUGUUCAACAGUCUCCCCCUUUUCCUGCUUGCCAUAAGUACUGCACACGCAACACCCAAGACCAAUCAAGAGAAUCGUUGUGGCCCGUUAUCUAAUUGCGAAACCGUCUCGGAGAAUGGCACUACAUACCACAGAUUCAAACGCGGCAAUGGCCCCGGAACCCCCGAUUAUGUUUCUCGCUUCAAAGCCCAUGAAAUUCGAGGCGAUCCCAUCAAGACGUUCAUCACUCUAGGCAAGUCGAAGAUAGGAUGGGGCUGUGACCAGCCACUAGACCCCAUCUUCAGAGAAGGCAUCAAGCAGGUCUGCAGCGCACAUGGCUGUGCUGAGGACACCUCCUACACAAGAGAUGUGGAAUGGGUUGACAGCGACAACGCUCGAUCUAAGCCGCGUAAGCGCACGCUGGAGUUGAAAGCUGCGGGAGAUUACUAUGGGCAAUCUGACUUGGACAACUACAUCGAGGCUUUCGUGGCAACAGCUACGAAAGAAACGGUUGGAACGGAGAAUCGCAAAUGGUGUGAUGCGGCAGUUAGCCAUUGGCUUAAUGGAUCUUGUAAGGAGACCGGAACGUGCCCUAUGCGUAUGUUUCCAAGCUUCAUCAAGAUUGCUAGGUUUCAGGAUGAGAAUCUGAAGGAUCAUAUUGAUGUCACGGUCAGCACGUCUGGAGGUGAUGGUAAGUUUUCAUACCUGACUGAUGAAAAUUACUAA